AUGUACUGUGACGAAAAAUCACCAAUGAUUUUAAUGCUAAGCGAAACACAUCUUAAAGACUACUCAAAAACAGAAUUAUUGAUUGAAUCUUACAAAAUGAUAAGCUGUGACUCUGAUAGUGUUCACACUGGCGCAAUUGAAAGUCACAACUUGACACAAAUCGUUAAAGAUUUUACAAGAAUAUGUAUACGAAAAAAGAAAAACGGAGAAGAGAUGAUAUCGAGAACGACAAUCGACCACAUUUUAACAAAUAGCAAAGAUGUGUCAUACGAAGUGAAUAAAACCGACUGUGUUACUGAUCAUUUUAUGUUAAAUAAUAUUAAACUAAUGAGAAAAAAAAAUGAAAAAAAGAAAAAAGUGUACAAAAAUAAUUGGAAAAAUUAUUCAAAAGAAAAUUUGUGUGACUUAUUGGACAAAGUUAAUUAUAUUGAUGAUGACAAUGAGAGUUUCGACGCAAAAGCGAGCUAUGUGAUUAAAAAUAUCCAAUCAACAAUGAAUAAAAUUGUAAAAAGAAGAAAAGUAUUCAGAACAAAAAACAAAUGGUUCAGUGAUAAGAUAAAAUUAUUAAAAAAAGUGAAAGAAAAUGCUAGAACGAAAUACGAGCUAUCCAAUGACGAAAAUGAUAGACUAGAUUUAUUAAGAAAAGUGAAAGAAUACAAAGAAAAAAUAAAAGAAGAAAAAUGUUCAGAAGUUCAGAAAAAUAUUCGUGAAAAUAAAAACGAUCCAAAGAAGCUGUGGAGAAUUCUAAAAUCAUUAUAUAAAGAAGAAUCAAAAGAAAUUGAAUCAGUGAUGUUUGACGGUGUGCACUUAAAUGAUUCCUCAGAAAUAGCAGAAAAUAUGAAUAAUGCAAUACGAGAAAUGAAAUUAGAUCUGCUGCGUGAAGAAUUAAGUUCAAUGACAGAUUUAUUCAUGAUUCAACAUCAUCAUCAUCAUCAUCAGUUGAUGUCAAAAAUUUAA